UUCAAAUUUUAGCUCGUUUUGAAGGUCAAAGUAGGUGAUGUGUCCAAGUUAUAACUCUGAAUGUGAUCUUCAGCGACUGUUUCAUUUUCAGAUGAAGUACAUGAUUGAUGGAAAUCAAGUUUCGUCGAGGUCAACCCUUAUUGAACAGACUAUUAAAGGAGCCAUUGCAGGCGGAAUUACUGGAGCCAUAGAGAUUUGUAUCACCUUUCCAACUGAAUAUGUGAAAACACAGUUGCAACUUGAUGAACGUAUGGGUAGUGCUAGACAAUAUUCAGGGCCUAUUGAUUGUGUUAAGAAAACAGUGAAUUCUUAUGGUGUACGAGGUUUGUAUCGAGGCUUGUCUGUACUUCUCUAUGGCUCUGUUCCAAAGUCAGCUGUUAGAUUUGGAGCAUUCGAAGAAUUCAAACGUCAUAACAUAUCUUCAGAUGGAACUCUGACUGCUGGAAGAAAACUUCUCUGUGGUUUGGGUGCAGGUGUAUGUGAAGCCAUAUUGGUAGUUACUCCAAUGGAGACUAUUAAAGUGAAAUUUAUCAAUGAUCAGACAUCUAAAAAUCCACAUUAUCGUGGUUUCUUUCAUGGCUGUCGUUGUAUCAUACAAGAACAUGGCAUUACCGGUAUUUAUAAAGGUGUAACACCGACAAUCUUCAAACAAGGUAGUAAUCAAGCCAUUCGUUUUUUUGUGAUGGAAACACUGAAAGAUCGUUAUCGAGAUUAUCGUGGGGAUAAGGUUACCGGAUUACCUGUACCAAAAUUGUUAACUGGAUUAUUUGGCAUUAUUGCUGGCGCAGCAUCAGUGUAUGGAAACACACCUUUAGAUGUUAUUAAAACACGAAUGCAAGGCUUAGACGCGUAUAAAUAUAAAAAUACACUUCAUUGUGGUUGGAAAAUUUGGACUGAAGAAGGCUUUUUUGCUUUCUACAAAGGUACAGUACCUCGAUUGGGUCGUGUAUGUUUGGAUGUUUGUAUCAGUUUCAUGAUUUAUGAUUCAUUUAUGGAAAGUUUUCACAAAGUAUGGGAGGGGAAAUCAAAACCAAAUCUAUGAUAAUCUACACACAAGACUAUGCAUAUAUACUUUAGCAUACAAUUAACUUAUAUAUUUAUUAGAAAAAUGCAUUGGUUGUGAUCAAAUUCUUCGCAUUACUUUCAAAGCCUAAUAAUUUAUAACCCACUUAUUUUAUUUUGAUAAAGAAUAUUCGAAGAUGGAAUUUGUUUAAAUCAUCAGUUUCCAUUUUGCCCUUCAUUAUUAUUAUUAUUAUUAUUACUAGCAUGUCGUUGAUAUAUACACAGAUAGUAAGCAUUCCAAAAUUUUAUCGCUUUAACAAACUAAGGUUGUGCACUAUAUAGUCACCUUUGGUUGUGCAAUAAUUAUGAUGAUACCGUUGAUACAAGGUUAUUAUUAUUAUUAUUAUUAUUUUCAAUAAAAGUAUAUUCAACAUAUUUCAGAGUCUUAUUAACUACUUUUUCGGAAUGAUUUUCUUGUCUUUGUAUUCUACUCUAUUUCUUCCCAGACUUCUUCUGUAUACCUUCAUAUCAUUCCUAUUUACUAGCUACUUGUUUAUCAGGAUUAAGUAAGAAUGUGUUGAGCCAGUUUGCUUCCAGAAUGUUUUUUUCAUUUUUUCUCGUCAAUCUUUUCUUCACCCUAACUGAUUUUGGUGAAGGGAUUUUUAUGGAGUGUUUUCGUAUGUUUUAUGCUUACCUUGUUCACCUAUUUAUCUUGCUCUAGUGGAGCAGUGAUGUAUAUAUUUAUCAAUUGUCACACUUAUUGUUUGUUUAUUUUUUAAUACCAACUGUUAUGGGUUGGGGGAUAUAAGUUUAUUGGUUGAUUAUCAUUGUUUUUUGAGAUUGAUAUGCAUACUCAUCGAUUUAUUCUAUGAAUUGUAUUUAUUUACUGCAAUAUUUAUGAAUAAUCAUACUAUUCCCGUUAAGAC